UUACAAGGCUCCCAACAACAGGGGGCGCUGUGAGCUCAGGUCAUGAGCUUCACUUCCGGGAUAAUGACUUGAUGAGGUAGUACAUUCAUAACAACCACAACCCAGGGUGAUGGGGCCAGACAGUGCCCCAGGUCCAGCUGUGCCCUGGCGGAAGGUGCUGUGGGAGCGCCAGCCCUUCCCUGAUAACUAUGUGGACCAGAGGUUCCUGGAGGAACUGCGCAGGAACGAGGGCCUUCGUCACUACCAUUACUGGGCCGUGGUGAAAGAAGCAGGCUGUGUGGGACAGCAGCUGUCCUGUGUGGCCAUUUUCAUCACCCUCUGGCUCUACAUGGAGAAGGGUCUGUUGUCCCCUGACACGCUGCUGUUGACCAGCCUCAUCUGUGGCCUGCUGGGCUAUGGACUGCACCAAGCCUUGACAUGUCGUGUUGAAUCAGGCUGCGGGCCCCGCACACAUCUGGCCAACUUGCAGAGUGCCACUAUUUUUCUUUCCUUCACCUUUGGCUUCUCGCCAGUUCUAAAAACACUAACAGAGUCCGUGAGCACGGACACAGUGUAUGCCAUGUCUGCUGUGAUGAUGCUGGCCCACCUAGUUUUCUUCCCUUACGCCCAGCCGUCACCCCCGGGCAGCCUCUCUUUAAAUGCGGCUCUGUUUGCCUCUGUGUGUUUAGCCUCUAGGUUACCCGGGGCCCUGCACACCUUCGCCAUGAUCAGCUGUGCGCUGCUGGUGUUUGCCCUGUGGCCCUGUCUGCUACAGAGGCUGAGAGAGAACGCCCCUUGCCACUUUACUGGGGUGUGCAUGGGAAUUUGUAUUGGAGGGGUAGGAGGCCUGGGCUCCCAGUGGCUUGGUGGGGCCGUGCUGUUGGCCCUGGCCCUCGGAAGUGUUACAUUAGUCUGUCCCUUACUACUGGUCAGAUUGCAGAGGCACAAGGACAACAUCCAUGGACCCUGGGAUGAGGCUGAGAUUCAUGAGGACCUCAGCCGCUUUCAUCAAUAAAAGACAGAGCAGUGCUCCUGAACCAUACUGACAUUUAGGGUGUAGGAAUUUUUUAUGAUAUAUAUAUUUAAUUUACCAUCAGUCCAAGUGUUAUGCUGGUACUAUACAUAUAAACAGUUACUAAAACAGUAACUCUUCUAUCACUAAGCCACCUCUGUUUGGACAGCCAUGACAACACUAUUCUCUUGUAGAUUAUGAAAAUAUUUUAACAUUAAAGCUGCUACUGUCUUCAUGUAAUUGUUGACCUCAGACUUUGUAUCGAUAUUAUUAUAAUUAUAAUUAUAAUUAUUAUUAUUAUCUGAAUCACUUUACUAUACACACACUAAUGCUAUGUACCUAUUUGACAUGUUUUUAAUAAUCAGGGAGUUUAUGGUUGUGUAAAUAUUUGUUAAUGCUGGGUUUGAAUGGAUGUAUGUGUGGUGUUUAAGUGGCUUUAUUACGAACGAGGGCUCUAAUUUCUAUUGAAAACUGUUUAAAUUAAAUGUGAAUUUUAGAAUUUAAAGAUUUCAUUGUUGCUUUUUAUUAAAAGGCACUGUGUCUUUU